GCGCUCAGAAAAGCGAUCAGCUGUUUUGUGCUUGAUGCAACUUUGGGACGGAAAGCAUCGGAUAUGGCUACAGCUCAGUCAGUGUUCACAGUGGCUGUGAGUAUUCUGCUCAUUGCAGAGCUGAUCCUAGCCGAGAAAGACUACUACGAGAUCCUGGGUGUUCCCAAAGAUGCAUCCGACCGGCAGAUCAAAAAAGCCUUUCACAAACUAGCCAUGCGCUUCCACCCAGAUAAAAACAAAAGCCCUGACGCAGAAGCAAAGUUCAGAGAGAUUGCUGAAGCCUACGAAACCUUAUCAGACGACAACCGGCGGAAGGAGUACGAUCAGACGAGAAGCCGGCCGUUCUCAGGAGGAGGCUCUGAGCACUUCCAUCAGCAUUUUAACUUCAACUUUGAUGAUGCAUUUGGACACAAUCCUCACUCUCACAACCAAAGACAUUUCCAGAGCCACUUUAAGGCCCACGAGGAAGCACGCAGCAGGCACAGGAGGCACUUCCAGAGCUCUUUCGGUGGAGACGUGUUUGAUGAUAUGUUCGAGGACAUGGAGAGGAUGUUUUCUUUUAAUGGACAGCAGACUCGGACUCAAGGCUCCAGCAGGCAGCACUGCAGGACUGUCACACAGAGAAGAGGAAACAUGGUUACUACAUACACUGAAUGCUCCUGAGCUCACUUGGAAACGUCUUCCUGUUGUCUUGACUGAAACCUGACGGGUUUUUUUAUGUGUUUUUGAAUCAGUUCUGAUGAUCUAUUAUAAAAGCGCACAUUAAUGGGAGAAACAUCCUGAAUUGGACUUCAUGGGUACUUCUCCAUCCACAAACAUAUUUAUAAUGAACAUAAAGGCCAUAAAGGAAAUUUGGAUUAACUGAGCCAAGCAUUUCAACUAUUAAAAAAUGUUGUUGCAUAGAAGAAAAAAGUUAAUAAAUAUACAUUUAAAUGCAUGUUUAAAAACAUAAAAUACAUAAUUAUCAAUUUUACUUGUCCAUAUACAUAGAUACUGUAUCUUUAUAUUGUAAUUUAAUAAUACAAUAUUAUAAAACAUAGAAGACUCUGGACCAUAAGCAGUAUUGGGGGUAACGCAAUACGAGUAGUGUGAGUUAUGUAAUAAUAUUACUUUUCUAAGUAAUGAGUAAAGUAACGCAUUACUUAAAAUGAUUAAUUAUUAAUAUUUGAGUUACUUAAAAAAAACAUUUAAUUUUAAUUAAUUAGCUCUUAAAAUAAUAAACUGCUGAAUUAAAAUUAACGUAGUCACCUUGAAUUACACACUCAAUGAGAGAAUGAGUUUAUUAUUUUGAACACAUUGAAGAAAAGGAAAAUGUCUCAAUGGACAGUGAUUUUCUGUAACUAAUAAGCCUCUAUUUAAAAAAAAAAGUUAAAAACCUGCAAGUUAUGAAAGAAAUCAAGUCUCAGCAAAGGUAAGAGAAAGUAAUGCAAAAGUAACUCAAAAGUAAUGUAACAUUACAUAUCGUAAAAUGUAACUAAGUAAUGCAAAUAGUUGCUUUUUUGGGAGAGUAACUUAAUAAUGUAAUGCAUUACUUUCAAAAGUAACUUUCCCGAACGCUGGUCUUAAGUGUCGAUAUACACCUUCCAGAGGCUGAAUAAAUAAGCUUUCCUCUAAUAGUGAUUACUAGGACAGGACCAACAUUUGUCCAAGAUACAAGUAUUUGAAAAUGUGGAAUCUGAAGUUUAAAAAAAAUCUAAAUAUUACCAAAAUCGUCUUUAAAAUUGACAUGCAGUCCUUAAGUAAUGCAUAUUAGCAAUUUAACAUUGAGAUUGUUAUAUUUGCAGUUAAAAAUGUCUACAUGGAAACUAAUCUUAAUAUUCUAAGGAUUUUUGACAAAAGAAAAAUCUAUAUAUUGUCCAGACAAAUACCUGUGCAACAUAGAGCGGCUUUGUGGUCCAGGGUCACAUUUAUUAUUAUUAUUAUUAUUACUAUUAUUAUUAUUAUUAUUAUUAUUAUAUCUGUAUAUAAUACUAUAUAAUAUCAUGUAAAUAACCU